GAUCCCGCCUGGUCUGGGUUCGCUGAUGUGGUGAUCGGGAGUUAGCAAACCUUCGAGGCCAGUUCACACUCAUCAUUAGUUUGUAUAUGUUUCACGUUUAUAUAAAGUAUGCCUUAUUUUCAGACGUGGGAAGAGUUUGCUCGUGCUGCUGAGAAGCUUUAUCUGACAGAUCCUAUGAAGGUCCGGGUGGUCCUAAAGUACCGGCACUGUGACGGUAACCUUUGUAUCAAAGUAACCGACGAUGCUGUGUGUCUGCAGUAUAAGACUGACCAGGCGCAGGAUGUGAAGAAGGUGGAGAAGCUACACGGGAAGCUGAUGAGGCUUAUGGUCUCCAAGGAGUCGCACAGCGGCGCUAUGGAAACGGACUGAUCUGACCCGUCCUUGCAACCGACUCGCACGUUUAAACAACACGACACCGGACAGAUGAGACUUUGAGAUUGGAGAGGAGAGGAGAGAUGUAGGGAUGGUGGGAAUCAAACCAUGAAAUGGAGAGUUGAACUUGAUCUGCUCAGAGGCAGGAUGGAGCUCUGGUAAAGGGCUUGUGUAUUUAUUUUAACGAUGGGACAAUAAGAGAUGUGUCUUACUCACUUAUGAUUUUCAUUAUGGACUGGCCUAUGUACUUCUUUUAGGUUUUCAUUCGAAAACUGAACUGUUGUUCAGGACCAUGUUGGAAGUGAAGCAGAACCUAUUUUCUCAAGUGAAAGACUCGUGCCUCCAAUGUCAUUUCAGCAACUCUGCUAGUUAGUUAUAUAAGACACUCAAUAAAUGUUUAUAUGCCCCA